AUAACCUCUUGCGCAGGGACCCCAGAAAAAGUAAAUCAGUAGAAGAAAAAAGAUCUCAAAAAAAGCUUAGGAAGAAAGAAAAAUGGCGGAUCAGCUGACCGAUGACCAGAUCUCAGAGUUCAAGGAAGCCUUUAGCCUCUUCGAUAAGGAUGGAGAUGGUUGCAUCACCACCAAGGAGCUCGGGACCGUGAUGAGGUCUCUGGGGCAAAACCCGACAGAAGCCGAGCUCCAAGACAUGAUCAACGAAGUCGAUGCUGACGGGAACGGUACCAUUGACUUCCCUGAGUUUCUGAACCUGAUGGCGAGGAAGAUGAAGGACACUGACUCAGAGGAAGAGCUCAAGGAAGCGUUCAGGGUUUUCGACAAAGACCAGAACGGUUUCAUCUCUGCUGCUGAGCUUCGACACGUGAUGACUAACCUCGGGGAGAAGCUGACCGACGAGGAGGUUGAUGAGAUGAUCCGUGAAGCUGAUGUUGAUGGCGAUGGUCAGAUCAACUAUGAUGAGUUCGUCAAAGUCAUGAUGGCUAAGUGAGACAGAAUCUUAUCAAAACGAUUUAUGAUGUCUGCGACAUGUUUUCGCUUUCUUUCCGGUCUGUUAUUUGUGUUUUGCUUUUGGUUAGUGUUAUGUGAAGUAUGAACUCAUGGUUUGCAUUAUCCUUUGACAAUUUGAUGUUCUCUCGUUUUUAUUAUUUGUUUUCAUCUCCGUUGUUA